GAAAUUUACAGAGUUCAAAAACUUGCAAAAGAAAAAUUAAGUACAUUUUACUUAUUAUUGUUUCAGUGUACGUUUUAUGACUGCCACCAAAAAAACUAUUUGCAGAAUGAAGGGAGUAGCCUUGUAGGAGAAUGUGUAUACGUGAAUAUAAAUAGUUUCUCUUCGAUCAUCUGUCAAACUGUCAUGAACAGAAUUUCAUUUUCAAACUUCAUUUUGCGUGGAAGAAGCUGUCUUUUGAAGAGAUGGAGUUCAUUUGUGUGACUCUGAUGAUUAUUAUUGGAAUAACAGAUUCAACAGCAGAUCAGUUUGCUGUUGUUGGACCUGUAGCUCCUCUCCUCGCUGUAUCCGGUGAAGAUGUGAUUCUGCCCUGUUCUCUCAAACCCAACAUCAGUGCUGUAAACAUGAGAGUCGAGUGGUUUAGACUUGAUCUCAAAGACUCAGUAGUUCAUCUCUAUGAAGAUCAUGAAGAUAAAAACACAAAUCAGCUUCAGUCGUACAGAGGAAGAACUGAAGUGUUUAAAGAUGAACUACAGAAAGGAAACACAUCACUCAAACUAUCAAGAGUUAUAGUCUCUGAUGAAGGACUUUAUAAGUGUUUUGUUGAGUAUAAAUCUUGGAAUAAUAACAUCACUGUUGAUCUCAGAGUUAAAGUUUUAGGAAGUCCUCCACUCAUCACUGUAGAUGGAUUUGAUGUUUCUGGUGGACUUCAUCUUCAGUGUGAAUCUAAAGGUUGGUACCCUGAACCUGAACUUGUGUGGCUGGACAGUGAAGGAGUCACUUUGACAUCUGAAAAUACAGAGAGACAGAGAGAGACAGAUGGAUUCAGAGUGAAACACAUGAUCACUGUAUAUAACAGAGACAGUAAAUAUCACUGUAGAGUCAAACUGAGACAUCACAUGAUGGAGACUGAGAUUAUUACAUCAAGUAAAAUGUUUAACUCUUAGAGGUCAUCAGUGAUCUUGAUUUCUGUUGGAUCUGUGCUCGGUGUGAUCGGUGUGAUCUGUGGAUUACUGAUCGCUGUAUUCGUCUAUAGACACAGAGUGAAAUCUCUGUUAAGGAGAUAUGCAGUGAAUGUGACUCUGGAUCCUGAUUCAGCCAAUCCAGAUCUCAUUGUGUCUGAGGAUGGGAAACAAGUGAGAUAUAGACAACACUCAAGAACAGUUAAGGAUGAAGUUCAGAAGUCAUAUAACAAGUUUGAUUAUCGUCUCUGUGUUCUUGGAAAUGAAGGAUUCACCUCAGGGUGUUUUUACUAUGAGGUGGAGGUGAAGGGGUUAAAUAGGUGGUUUGUGGGUGUGGCCAGAGAAUCUGUUAAGAGGAAGGGGGCGAUCCUGCUGAAUCCUGAGAGUGGAUACUGGAUGGCUGGUUUGAGGGGAGGAGGGUAUCAGGCUAGUGAGGGUUCUUCAUCUGUUUCUCUUUCUCUAAGUGUGGCACCUCAGAGAGUCAGGGUGUUUGUGGAUUAUGAGGAGGGUCGAGUCUCUUUUUAUGAUGUUGAGUCUAUGUGUCAUAUCUACUCUUUUACUGAUCAAUCUUUUAAUAAGAAACUAUAUCCUGUCAUUUGGCAUAGUAACUUUGCAUCACUUAUCAUCUGUGAUCUCUAAUGAUAAAAAUCCUCUCAUGUUUAUUUUGUAACUUGAAAUAAUAUUAUACACAGGGAUGUGUGUGUCAUUCAGAAACAUGUGAUGAUGAUGGUAGUUUUUUUUUGGCCCCUAACAGAAAUGAGUUUUGUGCAUACAUGUGAUGCUGUAUAACAAAUCAAACACAUGAAUAACAUUCACACAGUUGUGUCAUUCAUCAGUUUCAUGACCAUAAAACAAAAGAGGUUUUAUCUUUAACAUAUGUGAUCUUGUCUGUGAAAACUCAUUAAAUUGAUGUCUAUAAAACUGCAGUGGAAAGAUUUGUUGGCUGUUGUGAUGAAAAUUACUUUUCAGAUUAAUGUUAAUAAAAAUGAGGAGGUCACAGACCCCAGAUCAGUGGGGAUAAGAGCUCUGUUGUUCACAGUCAUGACAUUAAUCAGGUUGCUUCAAUAUUUGGGGGUCAAAUAUUGACAGCGAGCUUCAGUGGCAUAAACAUGUCUCAAGUGUUUGUAUACAAGAGUUCAUGAGUGUCUACUCUUUUAAUUAUGAUUAUUUAUGGAGAGCAGUAAUGUUAUGAAUAUAUUUUAUAAAGCUACAAUAGAGUUUAUUUUGUGAUAUGAAAUUAUUGUCUGGUUUGGGAGUCAAAUGUUUAAAAUGAAAACUCAAAUAAAUAAUCUGCUGAGUGUGUCAGGGAAAAUCAUUGAAAAACAGAAGCUCAGUUUCUUAUAAGAUAUUUGUGUGCAGUUCAUCAUACAGCAGGUUAAUAAGAUCUGAUUAAACUCUUCACGUGUGUUCAACUCUGAGUGAUGUUCUGAUGAAAGAGAUUUUAGGAUCCUGUUAUGUAAAAAAAUCAAUAUAAAUAUUCAUUCAUUUCACUGUAACACUGAUAAUAAACUUAUACAGU